AUGCUCACCCCCUUCGACCUGCUCCCCGAUCCCAUGGCCGCGUACGAGCACGACUACUACGCUCGCCUUCAUUCGCACACUCAAGCAUCGCCCUCCCGACACGAGACGCUUCAAAACCUCCUCGCCUUCCCUGCUAAUGGCAGUAGUGGUGGGAAUGGUGAAUUCCAGAUCCCUCAGACCCCAGCCAGGGCGGGCAGAGGAGAUCGAAGGGCAUUCAUCACGUCUCCAGCUCCAUUGCCAACGACCAGCAUCUCAACCUCCACAUCCACAUCUUCUACGGUCGGCAACAAGCUCAACGAACUGGCCCAAUCGGCCGCACAGCAGCGCAAUCACAACGACCAGGCACAAGACAAGCCUUCCAUCGACGAGAGUGUGAAUCCGACGCCACCUCCCGAAGAGGGGGGCUCCAGCGAAGACGAAUCAACAGAGAAAGAAUCGGGCAAGAGGAAGGCGGGCAGUAGCCAAGAGGCAAAGGCGCGUAAGCGAUCGCGAAAGCAAUCAAAGCUGGACAAGGACGGCAAACCCGUCACGCGAUUCGACAGCUCGCUCGGGCUCCUCACCAAGAAAUUCAUCACGCUCGUGCGAACAGCACCCGAUGGCUCGAUCGAUUUGAACAAGGCCGCCGAGCAACUCUCUGUACAAAAGCGACGAAUCUACGACAUCACCAACGUCUUGGAGGGCAUAGGCUUGAUCGAAAAGAAAUCGAAGAAUCACAUUCAGUGGCGAGGGGAGGGGAUAGCGACCGAGGAGGAGCGGCUGCGGCUGGGCACCGUGCGGGAGGAGGUGGCCCAGCUGGUCCAGCAGGAGCUGGCCCUCGACGAACGAAUCCGGCAGGCGCAGACGAACAUCAAGCGGCUGUCCGACGACCCGGCCAACCAGCAGCUGGCGUUCAUCACCUACGAGGACCUGGUCAGCCUGCCGUGCUUCCAGGGCGACACGCUCAUCGCCAUCAAGGCCCCGUCGGGCACGCGGCUCGAGGUGCCCGACCCCGACGAGGGCAUGCCCGCCAACCAGCGCCGGUACCAGAUCUUCCUCAAGAGCUCGGGCGAGCCGAUCGACGUCUACCUUGUACAGUCCCGCCAGCAGCAGCAGCAGCUGCAGAUGGUGGAGGAGGCCCAGCAGGCGGCGCACGCCCAACACCACUCUGCGCUGCUCGAGGGCAUUUCCCCGUCGGCCAUGGGGCACGACCCCUCGGCCAUCGAGUGCGGCGACGAGUCGCAGUCGUCGCAGCCGCCACGUGGACUCCCUGCGGUGGCCGCGUCGCCAGGUCCGUACGGCGGUGCUGGCAUGCCGUCGCUCAGGCGGCCCGAUGCGCACUGGGCACCGGCGGGCGAGCCCGAGGCCUUCCUACCCGCGCAGCCCAUCAUGAAGCUCGCGACGCCGGUCGACUACUUCCUCACGAGUUCCGCCAUUGACGAGUCCGAGGGCAUCUGCGACUUCUUCACCGAGGAGGAGACCAUGGUCACGAGCGCCUUCCUUCUCGACGACGCGGGCGACAUUUCGAAGACCGUCUAA